AUGGCGCCCCAAUCUUCACCAUCCUCCUCCGCACCAUCUCCGUCCUUGAAGCGCAAGCAGCCAACCAUCUCGAGCUUUUUCACCCAAAAACCUUCCUCAACUCCAAAAUCUUCCGGCACCCCCAAAGAAAACAAUACCCCCUCGACAAAAUCAUCCAAAAAAAGAUCUGCCUCACCAGUACCGGAGCCAGAACCGAGAGCAGAGCCGGAGCCGAAGAAAUCCAACCCCAUACCCGACGAUGACGACGAUGACAUCGUCGCACCACCACCCAAACGUUCUCGAAAGAACGGCCCUAUCCCGAAGAGCAGCGUCCGAACGGACAUCUUCAAGUUUCAAAGCUCACAGGCCGCCGCACCGCCGACUCAAGAUGAAAACACAAGAGAUGCAAGCGAAAGGAAGGAAAGGGAGAAAUUACACCAGAAGUUUGUACGGAGGCUCGGAGGGGCAGACUGUCUGAUUGGGAUUGGACGAAACGUUAGCAGUGACGCCGGCGCUGGUGCCCUGGAAGCUGAAGAGGGCGAGGAUGACGAUGGAGAUGACGAGCCUGCCCCGCCACCUAAGAAGGGAAAGGGUGCUGCUGCUAAGAAAGGCGGUAGUAAGCUUACUCCUAUGGAGAAGCAGGUUAUCGAUAUCAAACGCAAGCAUAUGGAUACCGUGCUUGUUAUUGAGGUCGGGUACAAGUUUCGCUUCUUCGGAGAAGAUGCCCGGAUUGCGGCGAAGGAGCUGGGAAUCGUUUGUAUCCCGGGGAAGUUCAGAUUUGAUGAACACCCUUCCGAGGCUCAUAUCGGCCGCUUCGCUUCUGCUAGUAUACCCGUUCAUCGACUGCAUGUGCAUGUGAAGCGUCUUGUCACUGCUGGUCACAAAGUCGGAGUAGUGCGCCAGAUCGAGACGGCUGCCCUCAAGGCUGCGGGUGACAACCGCAAUGCGCCAUUUGUCCGAAAAUUGACCAAUCUUUAUACGAAAGGAACUUAUAUCGAUGAUAUGGAGGGACUCGAGGGGUCUGUGCCCGCUGCAGGAAACUCUUCUCCAGCUACAGGGUACAUGCUAUGUAUCACUGAAGCCAAUGCCAAAGGCUGGGGAAAUGACGAGAGAGUCCACGUUGGCAUCGUCGCCGUUCAACCAGCCACUGGAGAUGUCAUCUACGAUGACUUUGAAGAUGGGUUCAUGCGAAGUGAGAUCGAAACGAGAUUGCUGCAUAUUGCGCCUUGUGAGAUCGUUAUCGUUGGGGAGAUGUCUCGUGCCAGCGAGAAGCUUGUGCAGCAUCUUUCUGGAAGCAAGACGAAUGUGUUCGGAGAUGCAGUGCGUGUUGAACGGAUUCCGAAAAAGAAAACCGCGGCUGCCGAGGCACAUAGCCAUGUUGCAAGCUUUUAUGCUGGGAAAAUGAAAGCGUCUGGUACAGAAGAGGAUGCACAGACAGCCAAGCUACUUCGAAAUGUGCUUGAGCUCUCUGAACACCCUACCGUCUGUCUUUCGGCUAUGAUUGAGCAUAUGUCUGAUUAUGGACUGGAACAUGUAUUUGAUUUGACGAAGUAUUUCGAGCCAUUUUCUGCUCGGUCACACAUGCUUCUCAAUGGAAAUACGCUUGUCAGUUUGGAAAUUUAUCAGAACCAGACGGAUCACUCGGUGAAAGGCAGUCUGUUCUGGAUGCUGGAUCGUACUCAGACGCGAUUUGGUCGGCGGCUGUUACGACGUUGGGUCGGGCGGCCUUUGCUACAUAAGGCCCGCCUGGAAGAACGAACAAAUGCAGUAGAGGAACUGACGGACACUGCUCGCACGGUUCCUGUGGAUCGGAUUAGAGGAUUGUUGGGUAAGAUCAAGAGUGAUCUAGAACGAAAUUUGAUUCGCAUCUACUACGGCAAGUGCUCUCGACCAGAGCUUCUGACCGUUCUCCAAACAAUGCAAAUGAUCGCAUUGGAAUUUGCGGAUGUGAAAUCUGCUGCCGAUACGGGAUUCGAGUCACCUUUGAUUAGUGAAGCUAUUGCAUCCCUUCCAACCAUCCAAGCAGAUGUCACCCAGUACUUAGACAAGAUCAACCUUCAUGCUGCACGAACCGAUGACAAAUAUUCUUUCUUCCGCGAAGAAGAGGAGACCGAAGACAUCGGCGACCAGAAGAUGGGAAUUGCCAGCAUCGAACACGACCUACAGGAGCACCUGACCGUAGCUGGAGAGCGCCUUGGAAGAAAACACGUCCAAUACGCCACGGUGUCUGGAAUUGAAUAUCUGAUCGAGGUCGAAAACAACUCUCUAGGAAUCAAGCGUGUUCCAGCGUCCUGGAUCAAAGUCAGCGGAACAAAGAAGAUCUCGCGGUUCCACACGCCCGAAGUGAUUCAACUCAUACGCCAACGAGACCAGUACAAGGAGGCACUAGCAGCAGCCUGCGAUCAAGCCUUCUCAGCCCUAUUAGCAGACAUCGCGGCCCAGUACCAAACAUUCCGCGACUGCGUCCAGUCCCUAGCAACACUAGACUGCCUCCUAUCCCUCGCGACGAUAGCCGAACAACCCGGCUACGUCAAACCAGAAUACACAGACCAUGCAUGCCUCCACGUGGAGCAAGGCCGGCACCCAAUGGUCGAGCGACUAUUAACCGACACCUACGUACCCAACGACACAUUCCUCGACACAGACGGCACGCGCGCCCUCCUCGUGACCGGCCCGAACAUGGGCGGAAAAUCCAGCUACGUCCGCCAAGUAGCGCUAAUCGCCAUCAUGGGCCAAAUAGGCUCGUACGUGCCCGCGGCCUCAGCCCGCCUCGGCCUCCUAGACGCAGUCUUCACCCGCAUGGGCGCCUUCGACAACAUGCUGGCCGGCGAAUCAACCUUCAUGGUCGAGCUCUCCGAAACAGCAGACAUCCUCAAGCAAGCCACCCCGCGCUCGCUCGUCCUCCUCGACGAACUGGGCCGUGGUACAUCCACGCACGACGGCGUCGCUAUCGCGCAGGCCGUGCUGGACUACAUGGUUCGCUCGAUCCGCUCGCUUACGCUGUUCAUUACGCACUACCAGCAUUUGUCGCGGAUGGUCAGUGCGUUCCCGGGGCAGGAACUGCGGAACGUGCAUAUGCGGUUUACGGAGUCUGGGGAGGAAGGGAACGAGGAUAUUACGUUUUUGUAUGAGGUUACGGAGGGCGUUGCGCACCGCAGUUAUGGGUUGAAUGUGGCGCGGUUGGCGAAUUUGCCUUCGGCUGUUAUUGAUCUUGCGAGGCGGAAGAGUGCUGAGCUUGAGGAGUCGAUUAAGAGGAAGAGGUUGGCGGCGAUUGUGGGGGCUGUUGGGAGGGUUGUUGGGGAGAAGGAAGGCGCUGUUGAGGAGGAGAUGCUUGAUCGAUUGAUUGCGAGUGUUGAGCAGCUUUAG